AUGGAAUCGGAAGUCAACAAAGACUCCACGCAGCAUCUCCAAAUUCAAGAAACUUCCCCUUUGACUUUGGGGGAACACCUGAAGCUACGAGAAGCUCAUGAUAAGUUACAUGAGUUGCACAAUGCUACGCAUGAACGCCUCAGUGGUCUCGAGCGACGAGUUCAAAAUGUUGAGGAGGGUAACAGAUCGGACAGCGAUUCUGAUGCGGGGUCAGACUACUCUGAUGUAGAAGAUGACUAUGAACUAGGUUACGAAGAGAACACGAUUCCAGAAGUACGAGAUGUCAAUUUUGAGCAGUUCAAGAACCGUUACGUGGAGAGAGAUGGCAAGUUUUGCAUUGAAGUUUUGGUUGCAGGAUCAGAUUUUGAAGAUCAAGUUCGCCAGGAGCUCAGACGCCGAGGGGACCUUCACCGAGACGAUGCUAAGCCGCGUGCGAACUAUGAUGAAUCUGACGAGCGGAUUAUUCAACGGGUCAGGAUACAGUCACCAGUUGUCUUAUGGUUGUUGCACCACGUUCUAGAUGAUCAAUCGGGCCAGUGGAGGGGUCAGAACCGAACCACUUUCUUUCGCCCGUUCGCGUGGUUUAUCCAUGCACACGAGAGAAUGGCCCAGAAGCUAGGAGAGUUUGAGAACCGCUUUUCCCAAGUAUCGCCUGACGCAGAUGGCGAGACAGUGAAAGACACUUAUUGCCGACUAGUCGGAGAUUUUCCUGAUCUACAAAAACAAGGAGGAGUCGAGGAGGUAUCAACUUUCAAGGAAAGCAGAGAAAACACAUCCAAGACCGCCCAGGAACGCUCUCACAAGAGGCAAAAAUCAUUGCCGAAGCGGGUUGAACGAGACAUCCUGGAAAAGACAUUGCUCGAAAAUUACCAUAGCCUUCUGGAACUGCGCUGCUAUGUGAAUUUUGUGGAACAGCGUAUUCUUCCACAGAAAACCAGGUAUGACGUUCCAAGCCAAUUGCAGGCACGCACUGUGCGAUACCAAGACUUGUGGUAUCUCUUCAGGCCGGGCGAGCUUUUGCAUAACCCUGCACCCUCACGGCGGUAUGGAGAAAUGGACGGUGGCCAAGAAGAGAUUGGUCGAUUGUGCCGCUGGUCCAAACCAGACGUGACUGUAGGCCGGGCAGGGGGACCGUCCAGGUACCUCGCGUGCCAGCCUCGUAAACACAAGGAGAACAGUUGGCCGUUUUUCAGUUUGCUAUACUAUGUGGUGGAUUUCAACGGAGAGGCAUUCGGAGCAACGGAAAAACUUGUCACAAUCCCAUACUUUGAUGGGAUGUGUGAUGUGACGUCUCUGCAGACCUACCCCCUUCGGUUCCAUCCGGAUCCGGCAAGACUUCUGGCUUCAAUUCAAGAGAAUGGCCGAAGCUUUCUGGAUGCUGUUCAAUUUAGGCACAUGUUUUAUCGUGGGUGGAGUCGCAGCUGGAUACAGGAGCAAUUCAUCUCUGUGCCACCACCACGACGACCACCACUAUUUGAGGUCAGGCCACGAUCUCCUCCUAUCUCGCCGAACGCGAAGAUACCUGGGCCUCAACCGCCCAAGUUCUCCAAUUUACCAGACUCUCAUACCAUUUAUCCAGCCACUUAUAUUCAAAGCGAUGUCAUUAUUGAUGUCAAGGAGUCGUUUCGAGCAUUUCCGGAUUGGCAAAUUAAUCUGCCGUAUCGCUAUGCAUCACGAGCCCCGCCACGUGCUUGCCAAGACACCAUAGAAAUAAUCUGGUGGACUGAUAAGCAACGGAGUGGAAAGAUCCUGGUGAUUCAAGAUCGUACACAGGCUGAAGAUAGUAUCGCAGAGAUUGAAGAAAAACAACUUUUGGACUCUGAUCUCUUCGCCAAGCCUCAAAAGGAACCAAAGUUCGACGAUGAAAACCUUCUACUAUUGCCUAGACGCCUGUUUGGUUAUGCUCUCCGAGAGCGAAAGUUUUUCCAGGUUGACGUACAAUACCUAAGGAAAAUCAAAACAGAUUCAGACUCGUUCGAAAGUUUGAAGAUCAACCCUGGACACAUUCGAAUUGUGAAGUCCGUUGUAUCUUCGCAUUUCCAACGAAAAGAAAUGGAGUCUAUUCCCGGAUUCUUGGACAUCAUGGACCAGGACUUGAUUCGAGGGAAGGGUAGAGGAUUAGUAAUCCUACUACAUGGAGCUCCGGGGGUGGGAAAGACGGCAACUGCUGAAGCUGUGGCCUCUUCGCAUAAUAAACCACUAUUUGUGAUCACAUGUGGUGAUUUGGGUUUCUCUCCUAAAGACGUGGAGUCAUCACUGAGCGAAAUCUUUCGCCUAGCCCAUUUAUGGAAUUGCAUUUUACUUCUCGACGAGGCCGAUGUUUUUCUUGCCCAGCGAGAGGCAAACGCACUCUCAAGAAACGCCUUAGUGUCCGUCUUCUUGCGUGUGCUGGAAUACUAUAACGGCAUUCUGUUUCUAACCACAAACCGAGUAGGCACACUUGACGAGGCCUUCAAGUCACGAGUUCAUCUUUCGUUAUACUACCCUGCUCUUGACCGAAAUCAGACGGAAGAUAUAAUCCGCAUGAAUCUGGUUCGGCUGAAAUCCAUCGAAGAACAAAGGAGCAAGGUCUCUGGGCAAAAGGCACCCAUAAUAUACCAGGACAAAAUCUGCAAGUUUGCCGUGGAUCACUGGGACAGACAUGCGAUAAAUGAUGGACAAGGGCGAUGGAAUGGUCGUCAGAUCCGCAAUGCUGUACAGAUCGCGGCCUCCCUUGCCUGGUAUGAAAGGAAAGUUGACAAGACGCCUGGGACAGAGGAACUCCCCCCAAUUCUUGACGAUACACAUUUUGCCACGGUUGAGAAUACUAUGAGCCUUUUUGAAGGCUACAUGGCAAAAACUAAGGGGGGAACGGAUACCUUCAUAUCCCAUCAGAGGGCUGAGCGCUAUGAUAAGUUUGAACCACCCGAGGUCCUUCAACCACCUCUUGCUCCAAGGUCAACUUCAUACGGCGGAGAAACCGGAGAGUAUCAUCCAUAUUCAAGGAGACAAACGACACUGCAACCUACUUGGCAACAGCAACAACGAAUGCCGACUUCUACUGAGUUUGUGGGCCAGCAUCGUGUGAUGCAGGCAUCACAGACGGGAGCGCCAGCUCAACUGUACAAUACGAACCCACAGCAGGCCACGCACAGUGGCUCUACUUUUUUGCAUGCAGCAGGCCACUCUGAUUCUGCUGCCUUCGCCGGCCAAGCAUUCUCAAUGGAUUCAAAUGUUCAACGGCCUGCUGGAGCCAACGAGAGCAGGUUGCCUGGCACAUUGUAUCCGCAAAGUCCAUAUGCCGUAUCUGGAACCAUGGCCCCGCAGGUGCCUGGAGCGAGGCCUGUGAUGGGUGGCUAUAUCCCACUCUCAUCUCAGCAGCUCUCGCCUGACCCGUUUGGACCCCGGACCGAGUUAAACGCGGCGGGUCCCUUACCUGGGCAAGAAAGCCAUGUAGCUAGAGCUGAGCAAUAG